AUGUCAUGGGACGAGCAUAAAGUAACAAGUAUCGACCUGAUUACAAACGAUCCGGUUAUCAACGAAGAGUCCAUCAAGAAGGAGUUUCUUAGGUUUGUGGAAACGUUCAAAACUCACAAACGAGAGUACUCGCAUGUGCUGGCAUCCAACAUCAGUCAAGAUGACUUUUCACUGAGUGUGAAGCUAGAGCAUAUCUAUCAAUACUCUGAUGUGCUGUCUCAGGAGUUAUACAGAAGGCCAGAGAAGGUUAUUGAGUGGUUUGAGGAAGCAAUUGCUGGAAAGUAUGUGGCAAGCAGGACGAAGGGAUUCCAGCUUCGUCUUGUAUCUGGCGCUAGAUGCACGCCCAUCCGUGAGAUAAAUGCAUCCAAGACAAACCGAAUAGUGAAGAUUCAAGGGAUUGUUGUUUCUGCAUCUUCGGUUAUCACAAAGCCAAAAACCGUGUAUAUUGUGUGCAAGAACUGCCUUACGAGCAAAGAGGUGAGUGAUAUGAUACCCAGGAGUUGCGAAAAGGCUGAAUGCCCAAUUGAUUCGUUUAUGGUUAUUCCAGAAAAAAGCCAAGUAUUCGACAUGCAAUAUGUGAAGAUCCAGGAAUUCUUUGAAGAUAUUCCAAUGGGAGAGACUCCGAGACACUUCAGCCUGGUGUUGGAGAAGGGGAUGGUAAAUAGUCUUGUUCCAGGAGCAAAGGUUGUGGUCACUGGUAUAUAUUGCAUGAGAAUGGUUAAAGAAAGCUCUUUUCCUGUUAUUAAGGUAGUGGGGCUUGAGCACGAAGGCCAAAAAAGCCCAAGGAUGUUUAGUGAGGAGGAGGAAGAGAUGUUUCGAAAUCUGAGCAAGGAGAAUGUAUAUGAGAAGAUAUCAAGGUCGAUUGCACCAUCGGUAUAUGGACAUGAUGAUGUGAAAAUGGCGCUUGCAUGCAUGCUUUUCGGAGGGACAAGGCGGGUUCUUGAAGACAAGGUUGCAUUAAGAGGCGACAUAAACAUAUUACUAUUAGGAGAUCCUGGGAUGGCAAAAUCCCAGCUCCUGAAGUUUAUGGAGCUUGUUGCACCAAUAAGCGUAUACACAAGUGGAAAGGGAAGCUCAGCCGCAGGACUUACGGCAAGUGUGAUAAGAGAUAGCAGUGGAGAAUUUUAUCUUGAAGGAGGAGCAUUGGUUCUUGCAGACAAUGGAAUAUGCUGUAUCGAUGAGUUUGAUAAGAUGAAUGAGCAAGACAGAGUAGCAAUACAUGAGGCCAUGGAGCAGCAAACGAUAUCAAUUGCAAAAGCAGGCAUAACAACGAUGCUGAAUACCAGGACCAGUGUUUUGGCAGCAGCGAAUCCAGUGUUUGGUAGAUAUGAUGAUUAUAAGACGCCUGAAGAAAACAUAGAAUUUGGAGCAACCAUACUGUCAAGGUUCGACUGUAUUUUUAUUCUAAAGGAUAAGUACGGACCGAAUGACAUUACAGUUGCAAAGCACGUUCUUUCAGUACACCAGGAUAAGGGGAAGGAAAAUGCAUCUGAGCUUGAGGAUCUUGGAGGUUUUGAAGAAAGCAGGCAGGAUGAGGUAAAACAAAAAGAAAAGUCAGAAACACUGCCUGUGAAUAUAAUAAGGAGAUAUGUUCAAUACGCAAAAAGCAGGAUAUUUCCAGUACUUUGUGAAGAGGCAUCUAUGAGAUUAUCAAGGUACUAUGUAAAUGCACGAAAAGAAGCAAAGCAGCUCGAAGAUAAUGUAUUGAAGAGGAAUUCGAUUCCAAUAACGGUAAGGCAGUUGGAGGCAAUCAUUAGAAUAAGCGAAUCUCUAGCAAAGAUGGAACUAAGUACAAGGGUCACUGAGAAGCAUGUGGACGAGGCAAUCCGUCUAUUCCGUGCAAGCACCAUGGAUGCGGUUUCUCAAGGCCAUAUGCUGGAAGGAAUGAUGCGACCAGAUGUGAUUGAUACGAUCGAGGACAUAUGUAACAAGAUAAGCCAAUUUAUACCUAUAGGAGGAUCCAUAAGAUACAGUGAUCUGAUUAGAAAGUUGAAUGGGAAGGAAGAAUGGAUGUGCAAGAAGGCAAUUGAAUAUAUGUGUAAGCAAGAAAAGCUCGUUCUUAGAGACAUGGGAAAGAUAUUGAUAAGACAGCCUUGA